ACGUCGUGUUUUAUAAACAUGACGUCACUACAAAGUAUAAAACACUCGAGCUCGUCCUCGAAAGGCGCCAAUCGUUCCGUAUCUUGUCAGAGGAGUUUUUGAUAGCCGUUUUUACGUCCUGAUACCCGGUGUUUUAAAGCCUGUGAAAGAUGGCCCGUACUAAGCAGACUGCCCGUAAAUCUACUGGAGGAAAGGCGCCAAGGAAGCAGCUCGCUACCAAGGCAGCCCGGAAGAGCGCCCCGUCCACAGGCGGAGUGAAGAAGCCUCACCGCUACAGGCCUGGAACUGUGGCUCUGAGGGAGAUCCGUCGUUACCAGAAGUCCACUGAACUCCUCAUCCGCAAGCUGCCGUUCCAGCGACUGGUGAGAGAAAUUGCCCAAGACUUCAAGACUGACUUGCGCUUCCAGAGUGCUGCCAUUGGUGCUCUUCAGGAGGCCAGUGAAGCUUACCUUGUGGGGCUGUUUGAAGACACCAACCUGUGCGCCAUCCAUGCCAAGCGUGUCACAAUCAUGCCUAAAGACAUCCAGCUGGCCCGUAGGAUAAGGGGCGAGAGGGCUUAAGUGGCUAUAGUGACAACAUUGUCAAAAGUUACCCUAUUUAUCGUACUUAAUCAUGUUUGUGGACAUUUAUUUCUUGUUUUUUUUUUUUGAAUAGAUUUCUUUUUGAAUUUUGUAUUUUAGACUGAGAUGAUGAAUCAGACAUUCCACUGGCCUGAGUACAGUACGUAACAAAGGUAGUUGAAGUGUUGUGGAGUAGGAAUGUCUACUUUAUUCCAUCGUAGGUCAUUUCCACCUUACGUUAUUGUACUGCCCACAUGCUCUACUGGCUCUUCAUGGGCAUUGGGAACCUUCUGCAAGUGGAUAAUUUGCAGCUUCCUCAAGGGUCCAGGCUCUCCAUAGAAUGCUUUAAUAAUAUACCAGCAUGUCUCGAUCAACAAGUCUCACUGAUUCAGGGUAUAAGGUUACUCCAACAUUGAGUUUGGACCCUUCUCUAUUUUUCUGGACUGCUUUUACAUGUUCACCGGUCUUGGCAGCUACAUUUAAUACUAUUUAUGGAGAAAAAAAAAUGUUGUCACAUGUCUUUCUAUUAAAGGACUUUAUCAGUAGAA